AUGUUCGUACUUCUCACACUUUUCUUAUCCGUUCUCGCUAUAGAAAAACAUAAAGACCAUGUUUUUGCACCCGAAGAAAUCAUAGAGCUGCCUAUGGGAAGGUUUCCUGAUCCCGAAUGUGAAUACUCCGUCAGGCGGAAUGAUGAAAAUGGCCCGGUCGUUCAUAACCAGGUACAUGUUGGAGACCCGCUUUAUCAUUCAUGGUCAUGUUCACAUGGCGGAAGAGAUACAGGCCUUUACUGCAUAAUGGUUCACAACUGUACAGUCAGAAGCUCUCAAACAUCACGCGAUGCUGUUCCCAUACUGGAUGAGUUCGGUUGCUCACUUUUUCCAACUGUUCUGCCUCAUGUGGAGUACUCAAAAGACUUGAGAGGAGGAUUAUUCGUUCAUGCAUUCUCAUUAGACGUUGAUCAGCCAGCUGUCUUUUUUGAAUGUCACGUAAAGUUUCUCCUAAAGCUGAAUGGUCACUGUCGUCGUCCGACAUGUCCGCCGCUGGAAAAGCUUCAACAAGGUGGGAGCUAA